AUGAACUGCAAACCACCCGAUUCUCACGGCGGGGUGUAUAGCACCUCGCCACUAUACUCACAAGUCGGAGAGCUUGCUACGCCUAGCCUGGCCCCCGUCAGCCGUAAUUAUUUUUUGAUUGAUCAAACAUUACCACUGCGCCACGGCGAAGACUUUCCACGCCUUCGCAUGCGAUCCCUACACCAAAAUAAAGAUGAUCGAGCUCUUGAAUUUGCUCUGUAA